GGCCAGCAUUCGUGAUUGGCCACGUCCUUAGUCUGUGACCGAGAUGAGAUCUUUCUUAGGAAUGACAGGCUACUAUAGGACUUUCGUUACGAACUAUAGCAUAGUGGUCGCUCCUUUGACUGAUCUCACCCGCCUUGACACCCCAUGGGAGUGGACAGACGAGUGCGAGGCUGCUUUCAGACAUCUGAAGCAUGUGUUGACGCACUACGAGGCCUUGAAACCUCCUGAUCCUGACAAGCCGUUUAUAGUCACCACGGAUGCCAGCCAAUAUGGCAUUGGCGCCGUGCUCGCGCAGCAGGAGGGGCCAAAGUUGAGGCCAGUAGAGUACAUGUCCAAGAAAAUGUCGUCUCAUAAGUUGGCUAAGUCCACCUAUGAGAAAGAACUCUAUGCGGUUUACAAGGCUCUGACCCAUUGGAGACACUAUCUCCUUGGGAGAUUCUUCCUCCCCAUGACUGAUCAUCAGACCCUGAGAUGGAUGAGAACCCAGCCUGUACUUUCUGACGCUCUCAAGCGUUGGAUCGAAGUUAUUGAGCAGUAUGACUUUGACCCUCAGUAUCUGAAAAGGGAGUACAACAAGGUUGCGGAUGCCUUGUCGCAUAGACCUGAUUUCUCAGGUGCGCUGAUUACUGAGUUUAAUCUGAUGGACCAUGUUACUCAGUUCUUGGUGGAAGCCUAUCGCGAGGACCAGUUCAUGUCUAAGAUCAUACGCAGACUUCGGGCAAAGGACAAGAAGACCUCUGCUGAGUUUGAAUUGGUCAAUGGCUUGUUGUUCCUUGAGAAGGCAGGGAAUAAACGAUUGUGUGUUCUCAAUAGCGAGUCUUUGCGUAGUUUGUUUUUAGAGAUGCCCAGUUGUACGUGGAGACUUGUCAAGUUUGCCAACGGGACACGUACUCAGGCUCCUCUUGGGCUUCUGAAGCCCCUUCCGAUUCCGGAACUGCCUGGUGAGAGUCUGUCCAUGGAUUUCAUGGAUACUCUGAUCACUAGCAAGAGUGGUAUGCGUCACAUCUUCGUUAUCGUGGAUAGAUUUAGCAAAUAUGCUAGGUUAGUGGCAAUGCCGGAAGCAGCCAGAACGGAGUAUGUGAUCAGAAUGUUUAAAGAGAACUGGGUCAGGGACUUUGGUUUACCGAAGUCUAUUAUUAGUGACAGGGAUGCCCGAUUUACCAGCGAGUUGUGGAAGGCCGCUGCUGCAGAGCAGGGAACUCAGUUGCAGAUGACUUCUGGGAAUCACCCAGAGGCCAACGGUCAGGCCGAGCAACUGAACCACGGUGUACAACACCUGUUGAGGCAUUACAUCAAGCCCAACCAGGUAGACUGGGAUGAGAAGCUUGCUCUCAUCGCCAACUUGUACAACAACGCUGUACACAGCGCCACCGGGGUGAGCCCAAAUAGCUUACUGCUAACAUUCAAGCCUAAACUACCCCUAGAAUUUCUUCUUCCUGAGAAUCAAUCCACAGUUGCACCAGGUACCUUGGAAUUUGCUUACAGCUAUGAACAGAAGAUGCAGCAGGCUGUAGACCAGAUGCAGAAGGUGCAGGCUGCAAUGAUAGAGUCUGAAAAUAGACACCGCCGGUCGUCUACAUUUCAAGUUUGGGAUAGGGUCUGGGUUAAGUCUUCAGAACUGGGACAGGAGCACGGGAUCUCCCACAAACUCAUGCCCCAGUACUUUGGACCCUGGGAAGUCUUGGAUAUCGUUGGGACAUAUCCGGAUGGGCCAUCUUAUGUUAUCCGGAUCCCUGGUCAUCUCCGUACUUACCCUGUCUUUCACGGCUCCAAGCUGGCACCUUUCAAAGAUACUGAUCAGUUUCCAUCUCGUCACUCAAUGCUGCCCCCAACCAUAGAUGGAGAGGUGGACAUCGAUGAUAUUGUGGAUCACAGAGAGCUGCCGGUAUCAAGACCAGCAAGCAGGGGACGUCCUCCGAAACCGAAGCUGCAGUACCGCGUUCGGUUCCGACAUCACACUGAUCCGAAGGAGGACCGGUGGUUCACCAGGGAAGAGCUCAUGCAGACCGCUCCUCAAGUUGUAACCCAAUACGAGAGAUCUCGGCAGAAGGGAAAGCGCCCUAUGAUCGAAGAUUAAGCUUCUCAGAGGACUGUUGAAGCUAAGGAGGAGGGAAUGCGAGGCCAUUGCCUCUAUGAGCUCCACAAGG